CCCUGGCUGUUGCCGUUGGCCAGGAGCCCGACUACAGCCACGGCUGUGCCCAUGGCAGCUGUUACCCGGCAACAGGAGACUUGCUGGUUGGACGAGAGAAGAGCCUGAAGGCCUCGUCGACAUGUGGGAUGAGGAGAAAGGAGCCUUACUGCAUUGUCAGCCAUUUGCAGGAUGAGAAGAAGUGUUUCGACUGUGACUCCAGGCGGCCAUAUGACCCAGUGUACAACACCAUCAAUCACCGCAUGGAGAACGUCAUCACCACCUUUAAGCCUCACCGCAAGAAGUCCUGGUGGCAGUCGGAGAAUGGAAAGUCUGAUGUCAUUAUCCAGCUGGAUCUGGAAGCAGAGUUUCAUUUCACUCACCUGAUUAUGACCUUUAAGACUUUCCGCCCGGCUGCCAUGCUGAUUGAACGGUCGUCAGAUUUUGGUCGCACCUGGCAGAUCUACCGCUACUUUUCCCAUGACUGCGCCUCUGCAUUCCCCGGAGUCUCCCAGGGUCCUCUGCGCAACAUUAAUGAUGUCAUUUGCGAGUCCCGCUACUCUGACAUUGAGCCGUCAACUGAGGGAGAGGUAAUCUACAGAGUGUUGGAGCCUUCCAUCAGGAUUGUGGAUCCAUACAGCCCUAGCAUCCAGAGUAAGUCACACUCAUAUUUUCAAAAGCGUAUUGAUAGUGAAUAUUAUAAUGAGGUGAAGAAAAUCAACAAAAAUGGAAA